CCCCGUCCCCUCCUUCUCCUGGACGUGCACCCCAAGUGCUGUCGCUGAGCCCAAGGCAUGGCUGAGGGGUGGCCCAGCUCCCUGCAGGCAGGGAAGGACAAAAAGCAGACGGGUACGGGCAUGAGGUACACGGAACUGGACGACAGCCUGACCAGCCUCAUGUGGCUGCAGGACUUCUCCAUCGUCAACGCCAGCAUGGGCAAGUCCUCCUACUGCCCCAGCGGCCCCGACCCCCACGACUGUCACAGGAUCCCCAGUUUUGCGGCCCCGUGCUCGCCCCUGGCCGCCGACCCGGCGUGCAUGGGCAUGCCCCACACUCCCUGCAAGCCCAUCUCCUCUUCCACCUCGAGGACGGCGCACCACACCGUGGCCAUGCACCCUCAGCUCGCUGAGGACAUCGACUACAAGACCAACCCGCACGUCAAGCCACCCUACUCCUACGCCACCCUCAUCUGCAUGGCCAUGGAAGCCAGCAACAAGCCCAAAAUCACCCUCGCCGCCAUCUACAAGUGGAUUACUGACAACUUCUGCUACUUCCGACACGCCGACCCCACCUGGCAGAACUCCAUCCGGCACAACCUCUCCUUGAACAAGUGCUUCAUCAAGGUGCCCCGGGAGAAGGGUGAGCCAGGGAAAGGAGGGUUUUGGAAGCUUGACCCCCAAUACGCCGACCGACUCAAGAACAAUGCCUUCAAAAAGCGGAAGAUGCCCCCAGUGCAGAUCCACCCAGCCUUCACCAAAACAGCCCAUCAAGAAGCACAGUCUGUCACCAGCCCAUCGGCUUCAGCUUGCACCUCCAGUAACAUCCUCAACGUCAACAUGGAGUCACAGCAGCUGCUGAAAGAGUUUGAAGAAAUCACCGGUGACCAGAACUGGAAUCCAGUGGAUGGCAGAGCAGGGCAGAAGCGCAAGCAGCCCUCGCCCAACCGAACGGCCAAGGUGCCUCGGCUUUCCAACUCUGCGUUGCUGACCCAGGAAGAGCAGACCGAGCUGGGAUCACUGAAAGGAGACUUUGACUGGGAAGCCAUCUUCAACACCAACCUGAACGGAGACUUCUCCACUUUUGAGAAUUUGGAGCUGACGCCUCCGAUCAGCCCCGUAACACACGACCUGGACUUGACAAUACAGGGGCAUCAGAUCGACUGUCCCCAGGAGCAGCAGCAGGAGCAGCAGCAGGAGCAGGUCCUCACCGAAUCCAACCAGAACAACCUGGACUUUGACGAAACCUUCAUAGCCACCUCUUUCCUGCAGCAUGCUUGGGACGAAGGGACCAGCGAUUACCUCUCCGACUCCAUCAACGUGGAGCAGUUGUUUGAACUCAACGACCCCUCUUUGCCAGAAGACGUGAGCGACUGGAGCAGUUUGGCGUCCCUCUUGUAAGAUGCCAGUCACCAUUCAAAGGCCACGUAGACUUUAGUAGGAUGCUCCCCCCCAUCCUGCUGGGACUUACCAGGGACAAGAUUUUCCUAGAGACAGAGACAUCCACAGUGACUUUUACCUGCUUCAUUUUAAGAUUAUUCACAGAAACACCGGGGGGAGAAAAAACCACCACCACAGGCACUGCUGGAUAUAUCGUUAAGGGAUGCAUCAGAAGUCCAUGAGUUUCCUUAAGAGAAGAAAUGUAACACUACUUAUUUUUUUACUUUUAAAGGAAGAAAUGUGAAUUAUCAUAUUUUUUUCCGUGGAAAUGGACACGGCACAUGUUCCUUCAGGGCUAAAGGAGAGCACCUGCUAAAUUCCAUCCAAGACAUCAGAUUCCUGGUGACUUAGGACUCGAUAGACUAAGUGCAAUUUCCUCACUCUUGCGUCUCUCCGUUUCUCUUUCUCUCUUUCCUUUUUCUCUUUAGGUUAGUUGGUAAGCAUAGUGUGAUAAUUAGCUAGCAAGCAAAGAGAGGUCCCUUCUGGAUUCUCUGAGUUCAACCUCCCUCCUGACUUGUGCCUAGGGAAGAAGAAAAGGUUUAUAAAUUCAGCAUCUGCCUCUUUAGAUGUUUUUAUAUAAUCUAUUAUAUAUUAUAUAUUCAAAGAAACCUAUAUUUUUAGCACUAGAAUUUCUUAAUAGUGGGGGGAUAAUGCAGUUUGGGAGUUGUUUUAUAUUUUUCACUGUUUAAAGGCUUGUGUUUGUUGUUCUGUAAACCAAGACUACGCGAGGGAGGAUUCCUGCAGCAACAGGUUUUGUUAAGGAUCCAGGAAUUGUCCCCGGCAGGAGAAGAGCAGCAGGGACCGGGGCACUCCCAGAACUGGCUUUUAUAUUUUUUUGUACCCAAAAUCCUCACUGCGGUUACUGAAGGGUCUAGACCACCAGAAGCCCUCUCUGUUUUUCACCAGCUGACAUAGGCCCUCUCCGUUUUUUUCUGGUCUGAGACUGUUACUCUCACUUCUUUUGCUCAUCCAUCAGGCUCCCCGUGGCUGCCAGGGCAACGCAGGACCCGGAUUAAAGAUGUGCUUUUUGUGGGAGAAACCCCCCCAUGAGCUGGUGGUAAUGGGGUCACUCCACAUCGAAUGCUUCCAGGUGGGACUGAGGAGGAAAGAAAUCCACAUUCAGGCUCCAUCCAGGAGUUCAGGCCAAAGACUAUGCACGCAACGGGCUCCAGGGAUGGCAGUGGAGAUGAAGUCCCACCCAGCCAGGAGCAGCUCGUGAGCCAGGAGAGCCGUUGGGAUGGACACAAACUGCAGCUUUGGCCCUUUGGCUCAGUACGUAGCAAAAACGUGGCAGGGUCUCUGCAAAGGAGCUGAGAAACACUUCAGGAGCGGAGCCAACCUCUGCCAAAACUCGACUUGAAGCUCUCAAGAACUGGAUUCUUCACCUCUCCUUCGCCGUAGGUUAUUAGAGAUAGAGUAGCCAUUAGGUAGGAGUAAGUAGAAGCUGUUUUUUUAAUGGUGUGUCUUAGACUUGCCGAAAAAUGGAAGAUUGUAAGGAGUUUCUUUGUUGGUUACAAAAGCACUUAGGACCUUUAAUGUGAGCAAUAUAAUUUAGCGAGAGUAUAGUUAUAGUAUAAGAAUCAAUAAACAAGCCUUUAAAAAAAAAAUAUAAAUUACCCUUGGAGUAAUUUGCACCCAAAUUUGGGGAGAGGGUGGGAACACAAGUCCUGCAUCCCCCCAGUAAAGCAUCUUCAGCUCAUGCGAGCAGCAGAGCUGGGGCUGGGGCUGCUGCUUGGUCCAGGUGCCAGCGUCUGAAGACCCCUGAGAUGCCACCACACGGCUGGGGCCACUGUCCUGGGCUGGGGAUCAAGGACCAUAUCUCUGGGCAGCUUUGGGGGUCAGCGUAGAUGUUUAUAUCUUUAUUGACAAUGCUUGUUUUUAUUUCUUGGUUUUGUUACAUUUUCCUGUUUUGGGGGCUUGAUACUGAUGCUGACGAACUGCAGAUACAC